AUGCGGCUUAACUCCGCCAUUCAUGGCCCCGCCAACAUUGGGGAAGUUUGCCGGAUUCAUGUCAACAACCCCCCUCAAUGGGGAUCGAGGAGUAGUCCGCGCAAGCCGUCCGUGGGUGUCAGCAUUCGCCGGCGUAGAUGCCAAGCGCUACACUAUGCGAUAGAAGAAAUUGUAAGUCAAAGUAGACGGGCGCUCUUCCAGCAGAUGUUCGUCGGUGCGAGAGAUAUGUGGGAUGAGACCGGCGGUGGGGCCUUGGGGAGGCACGAGAGAGAAAGGGAAACGGGUAAGACGAUGCAGAUGAGUCUCGUCGCAGGUUGA